GGAACCGGAACCGACACCGGGGCGGCCUGUGAGGGCACCGCCUCGCCGGUACCGGGCCCUCGCAGCCGGCUAGGCCCGGCUCGGUGCGGAGCCCCCCCCCCCGUCCCGCUGCCACCCGCCGGCCUGGCCGUCACGGGUGGUUUGCCCACAGUCGUGCGAGGGGGCCGUUGGCUUCGGGGACUGCCCAGUAAGCUCCCCGUCGUUUCUGCUCAGUUCCUGCGCCGCCGGCCCCGUCGCCAUGGCCUCAGGCUCCGGAGCUGCACCCAAGGGUGCUGCGGGUGCCAGGAGCGCGACGCUGAAGAGGUGCCUCGACGUGCUGCGAGACGCCAGCAGCGACAGCGAGCAGUUUGCUGCCUUGCUUCUGGUGACCAAAGCAGUCAGAGCCGGAGAACUGGACUCAAAGACUCGUCGCCAGAUCUUUGACGCAAUUGGAUUCACGUUUCCAAAUCGCCUGCUGACCUCCAGGGAGCCCCCUUCGGGCUGUCCCGAGCACACCUUCAGGGCACUUGGCCUUACUCUGUUGGCAUGUUUCUGCACCGAUCCGGAGUUAGCUGGCCACUCCCAGAUCCUGAACAAAAUCCCAACCUUCAAUGACGUCCUGGUUUCCCCCUGUAAUCCGGACAGCACUUCCAUGAUCGAUGAUGCAUACCAGUGCCUGACUGCUGUCAUGGCCACUCCCAGGGGUCCCAGAGAGCUGGUGACCAAAGGAACAGUGGCUGCCCUCUGCCACGCCUAUGUGAAUGGCGAUUACGGCUCUGACCGUGCCUUGACGCUGCUCUUGGGGCUGCUGGCUGUAGCAGAGGUGAAGUGCUGGCAGAGAGAUGCUCCGCACCUCCUGGCCGUGCUGAGCAAGCUCUCUGAAGAGUUUCUCAAGGCUGAAGACAUGACCAAAUUUGAGCUGUGCGAGCUUUUGCCUCACUUUAUCCCCCUUUCAUCACCGCUCACACGGGACUCAAAGGGCUCUGAGUGCCUCCAUAGAAUUUACAAAGGGCUGGCCAAAAUUUUGGGCAGUAAACUCAGCCAUUCACAGCGGGACCCUGCUCUGAAGCUUGCUGCCUGCCUCAUGCAAGCCUGUGGGUCAGAGUGGAUCCCAGCAGGGAGUACCGGUAGCAAGUUCCUGGCCUUGCUGGUGAACUUGGCUUGUGUGGAGGUCCGCCUGACCCUAGAGGAGCCAGAUCCCAUGGAGACAGAGGGGAAAAAAGAAGUGGUAACGGCCUGCUAUGUCCUCAUGGAGAUGGGCAUCCAGGAGUGUCUGAAAGAAGAAGAAUCGCUGCUGGAAGAAGCACAGAAAAUGCAGCUCAUAAGGAUCAUGGAGGAAGCAUUUGGAGCUGUAAUAUUUUACUUGAGGCAGGUUAAAGAGGAGGAGCUGCAAGACCCUUUCAUAUUUGCUUCUGUCCGAAUCCUUGGAGCCUGGAUGGCAGAAGAGACGUCCGCCCUCAAGCAGGAAAUCUGUGAGCUGCUGCCUUUCCUCGUUCGUUACGCCAAGAAGCUUUUCAAAGAGAGCGGCACAGCUGAGGGUCUUCCCCAGACGGAUGGCGUGCAGGCUGGGCUGGCCAGCGCUGAAGGCUCUGUCUUACCCCAGGACGCUCUGAGAUUUCUGCUGCCUGGCUUUUGCCAUUUAACAGCCGAGGACAGGCCCAGGGAAAUCCUCAUCUCAGAAGGGGCACCGGCGCUGCUGUGUGACUACUUCCUGCAUCAGUGGAAGGGGCUGACCUCCGAGCCUGGGUCCCUAACUCCCCUGACAAGCACUGAAAUGAGCCUACAGACUGCGUGUGGGAUUUUCCUUAACCUGGUCGUGACUGCACCCGAGCUCAUCAGGCAAGAGAAAAGCUUUUGCUCCUUGAUGGACACGUUGCUGAAGUCUCUUCCAUUUCUGCUACCUCAGAAGGAUCACCUGGUUCUAGCAGCCAACGUUGCCACUCUGGGCUUGAUGAUGGCCAGGAUCCUUGCAAGUUCAGCAGUUCUUCAGGGAACCCAGUCUGCCAAGGAGUUUUUCGGAGCCACCAUUCGCUUCCUGUCAGAGGCCCACAUCACCCAAGCAGACCCCAGCAGCUGCUGCUCGGCCCUGGCCGUGUCCCCUGCCUACGCAAGUGCCUGGGGUGACAUCCGUGAGCUCUGGUUCCUGGGGAUGCAGGCGUUGGCCGGCUGCGUGCCGCUCUUCCCCUGGCUGCCGCAAGCUGUCCUCCAGGCGCGGUGGCUGGAAGGUCUCUCGGAGGUACUGACGCGCGUUGCUCCGGCCUCGGUGGAUUUUGAACUCGUUGCUGCUUUCCAGGGCGUGCUGCUCGAGCUGGCCAGAGCCAGCAAGCCGUGCAGGGAAGUGAUCCUGUCCCACCACGGCGAGGAGUGGGCCAACCUGUAUGGCAUGGCAGCUUUGGAACAGUGUCUGUCCGAGCGAUAGAGCCUCUGUUCAGCAGCACCCUGGUGCGGCAAGCGAAGCCAGGCACCCGCACGAGAUCUGUUCAGCAUUUCUCACGCACCCUUUGGUGCCAGUGACAACGAGAGGCAUUUUAACGACCAGCUUCAUAAAACCGGAGCAAUGCAGCGGAGCUCAACAGGAUUUGUUCUGUCCAGAACCCGACGUGAAGAACUGUUGGUGCCUCAGAACAUUUCAAGAUGUCCCUGCUUGACCUUCUGUCAGUACUUUGUUUUAAAAACAACCCAUUUUGUUAUUAAAGAGGUUUUCUAUUGCA